UCCAACUAUAUUUUACAAAAAGUGUUAUAUGCAUUCAUAAAACAGGGGGAUAAUAGGAAGAUUAAAAGGGGCUAGCUAAUUGACAUUUUAUCUAAUUUUCUUUUUUUGUUCGGUUGUCAGUGCAUUUCUAUGAUGAAAAUGAUACUUUGCAAAUGCCUAACGCAAAUACACUCUUCCAACUCAUACAUUGCAUCACAUUACCACUAACCAUUUCAUCAAAAGUAAUUCAGAUCAAAACAUAUCAUGAAAGUCAGUAAAAAUUUACUGGUCGAAACAUGUCACAGAAGUUGUUAUUGAAUUCCCUAAAAAGUGCAUCGAUGUAAGGAAGAAGUAUUUGAGCUUUUGACGAAAUAUAACAUGAGAGGGUGAAUUUUUUGUAUCCAUAGGAAUUUCAUUCCAGAAUUUAGCUACACAGUAACGCACUGAUUUCUGUGUCAGGAAAAUAUCAUUUUUAGUGACUUGCCGUGUACCAUAUUAAUGCCCAGAUUUCACUUAUUGAAAGAAGGAAUGAAAACAAGAAGGAGAGAUCUAUGCAGUCAUAUACAAAGCUAAGCAUUUUCAACUGAAAACGAUCCUUCUCUUGCAACUUCUGAGUUAAAUAUCGAAGUAGCAUAUCAAAGGAAACGAAUUCAACCAGAAUCAAUAGCCCCAGAGCAUUUUUAGUUGUUAAAAUUUUAUGUCAUAUUAUUAUUUUUUCUGAAAAACCUCAGGGUAUUCACUGAAUACCUGGGCGCUAGGCCAUUGCUCUUACUUUCAGUGUGGACUGAAGAAGAAACUGCCCUACUUUAAAAGUAAUGUAGCGCUACAAAACUGCAAAGCUUGCAGGUGGACAGGAUUGGGAAACUGUGAGGACCAAGUAUGAGAACAUAUCGUCAGAAUGUUUUGUAAUAAUUCUUCAACACAGUAGUUUGUCAACUUGAUGUUCUGAUUUCUGGUCCCAAAAAGCCACAUAUUACAUAUUCAAACUAAUCAAAAAAUUUUCUGUCUCACCUUCAACAAAUAACAUAGACAGAUCUGAUCUGGACCAGAUCCACCAAUUUAUAUGGGAUCCGGUCCAGAUCGGAUCCAUACGGGAUCUCCUCUGAAAGCAAUUCCAAAAGUAAUCGGAUAGCGGAUCCAAAAGUAAACAGAUUCGCCAGUUGCGGUGUAAAUGCAAGGCUUAUCUGUACUCUUUUGGAUCAGAUCCAGAUCGGAUCCACUCUCAUGUAAAUGGGGUCUAAUUUGUAUGUCAGUUUAGGAGAUCUUUAGAAAUUUCUCAAGACUGGUAUGUUUUUCCCUAUAUUUGAAAAUAACAUCAACACAGGAUCGAGACUGAAAACGUUUGUUUCUUGCAUUCACAAGUUUACUUAGAAAAUUUGAGACUGCCCACCAGAAAUCAUAAAUUUUUAGUUACUUUUUCAGUUGAUUAUGUUAAAUGUUAUUGUCUAGAGAUUUUGUUUGGCCAAUAUGCAAAAGCACACAGAUAUGUGCCUGGGCAGUAUAUUCAAAGUUUCCAGUCUGGCGCAUGAAGAUAAGGUUUUUUGCAUGUAAAAAAUAUUCUCAACAAACCGCAAAGAUUCCAAGAAUAAAGAACCUUAAAACCAAUAAUUGUGUUAUUAUCAUGAAUUAUUUUCAUUAUUUUUAGAUGUGUAGGGGUUUCAGAGAAUCAGGCUACGGAUAUUGAUGUCUAUCAUUGCCCUUUGUGUGAACAGGUCCAUGGUACAUCCACUUUAAAAAGAAGAAGAUCAACACAGAGGCGAAACUACAAAGAGCUUAAUAACGGGAUUAAGCCAAUAUUUGCUGGGACAAUAGAUUUCAUGAAACUACUAAAGACAAGGAAGUUUGAUGGUCCUAGCAAUAAUAUUGUUGUCUUGGAGAGUGGGUCCUUGUUAAGCAGCAGAUACUUGGAAGCCAAUGGUUUCAGAGAACCAAUUUUGGUAAAGCAUGCAGAAGGCCUUGGUUUGAAAUUACCUCCAAGCAACUUUACUGUUUUUGAUGUUGAACAGCAUGUUGGCUCAUUGCAAGAGAUCCAUGUCAUUGAUGUGGCAAGGCAGGAGGACAUGAAGAUGAAAAUGAAAGAAUGGACAGAAUAUUACAAUUCUCCAAUUAGAACAAAAGUUCUAAAUGUCAUUAGCUUGGAAUUUUCCAAAACAAGGCUUUCAUCCUUGGUUCUACCGCCCAUUGUUGUCCAAGAAAUAUCAUGGGUGGAGAAUAUCUGGCCAAAAGACAUGACUGAGGACAGUCCACAUUCAAUGCCCUAUGUUCAGAAAUAUUGCUUGAUGGGUGUGAAAGACUGUUACACAGAUUUCCAUGUUGACUUUGGGGGCACUUCAGUGUGGUACCAUGUUUUUCGGGGCGAAAAAGUGUUUUAUCUUAUUGAACCUACUGAUGAAAAUAUAGCAAAAUAUGAGAACUGGGUCUCAUCCUCAAAUCAGAGUCAAGUAUUUUUUGGUGACAGGGUCAGCAAAUGUGUGAGAUGCUCAGUAAAACAAGGAGAGACUCUUUUCAUUCCUACAGGCUGGAUACAUGCUGUUAUGACACCCACAGACGCGCUUGUCUUUGGUGGUAACUUUUUGCAUUCUGCAAAUAUUGGUCUGCAGCUGAAAAUAUACGAUCUGGAGCAUCAUUUGAACACACCAAUCAAGUUUCUGUUUCCAAACUAUGAGACAACUUGUUGGUAUGCAGCAAGAGCCAUGUUGAGAAAACUUAAAGAUAUUCACAAAGAAGGAAUAAAGAUUCCCAAUUUCUUAUACAAAGGUAUCGAAACGCUUCUGAGAUACCUUCGAAGCUGGACUUUGAAUAAAGAGGAGUUUCUUAAGUUUCACAAGUUCCAAGUUCCUGAAGAAGUCAACUAUACAAAGCUGCUAAAGGCAUUGGAAAAAGAACUUAAGAUUGACAUGGAAAUUCCAUCAAGUAAUUCGGGAAUAUUGUGUGCGACUCCUGCAAUUGUAAUGGCACACAUUGCACAAAUGAAGAAAGAAUUGCCACAGGUUGAAAAGAAGAGUGGGUCGACUACAGUGAUAAAGUUAAAACUAACAGGACCAAAUCCUAACAACAGUUGGUCAGAAAAUGCACAUUCGAUUAAAAGCAAAAAGAAAGGCAUCUCGAAAAAUUCAGAUAGGAAAAAUGUAGAAGUCUUGAAAAAUGCUGCCACGAAAAGAAUUCGAAAGAAGAAAAUUAAGCGAAGACGUGAUGUCUCUUCUGAGACUUUCACCAGUAAAGGCGAAUUGUCAAAGAAAAUCUCUUCCAGUCGACCAAUACAAGUCCAAGUCACCAACGGUAAAAUUAGUUCAUCGAUAUCACCAUCAAGUGAAGUCAAUAAAUCCAAUAUUUCAAAAGGACAUCAAUUCCAACCACUCGUCUCGGCAGAUUUACUAGUGCAACCAAGAGGUGAAAACUCUGAAAUCCGCGCACCAGCAAUAGAAGACCAGGACUGGGAGGCUGCGCAGCUACUCUCUAAUUUUCAUGGCAUGGAUACCGAAAGAGACACUAAGUUUAUGCAGCAAGUUUCCGAUGAAUCAACCGAGAAAAUCUGUCACUCUGUCCCAGGCCUAGGUGCUGAUAAAUCUUCAAAACUACCCGGGGAAAGGUUUUUAGAGCAAUUUGAUGCAACGAAGAAAGAUUUGUUUCAUGAAAACAGAGGGCAUACAAUCAGUCAAAUGAAGACGCCAAAUAUGGCCGACGAUUACGUAAUCCGAGAACCUCUUGCUAAGCCACAAGGAAAAAUCAAAAGGAGUCGUUCGGACGCUGAUUCUGAUUAUGAUCCGGAAGAAGAGUACUACCAGGAUGCCAACUUUGUCUACCCGAGGCUAAGUACAACCUCUGAUCUUGAUUUCGAUGAUUUUUCAUGGAACCCUGGUCAAAGAGGCAAACGGAAAGCAAAGAAUUCUUUGAGCUCAAAAAGUAAAUUAAAUAGUGGAACAUCUCAUCGCCAUCAAACUGCAUCCUUCGAUUGUUCGAAACCUGGUCCCGACGAUUAUGCAAAAGCAAAAAGCCUAAAAGACGCAGGACCUUCAGGCAAACAUGGUCUAGGUGGAGAUAAAAAGAGGGAGAAAAUUCGAAAGGGCAGCACGACAGCGAAACAGCGAUUAGGAAAACUGCUAAAGUUAGACAAACUUGGAGGAAGAUAUGUGCGUUGAAAACUCAGAGCCUAUACUCACAGAUAGAAAACUAUACCUUUUUGCAACUGGCAGGUUGCAUCUCAAAGGCGCCAUGUACCACUUUUUGUCAUUAUUUGUAUUAUACUUCCUGUAAAUAUUUCUUGUAUCUUAACACAUGUCUGACUACAAA